AUGGAGGAGGAUAAAAAAAGCUUAAUAGAUCAAACUCAAACAUUUCAUCCGUCACAUUCUUUUGCUUCCCAAGCUAAUUUAAAGUCGUUUGAUGAAUAUCAAAGACUUUAUGAUGAGAGCAUUAAUUCUCCUGACACUUUUUGGGGUCGAGCUGCAAAUGAGUUGCACUGGUUCGAGCCCUGGCGCAGUGUUCUUGAUCAAUCUGAUAAGCCUAACUUCAAAUGGUUCUCAGGAGCAAAAACAAAUAUUUGCUAUAAUUGUGUCGACAGAAAUUUGGAGACACGAGAAAAUAAACUCGCCUUAAUUUUUGAAGGAGAACCAGGAGAUACCAGAGUGUUUACCUACAGAGUAAAUUGGAAAAAAAUUAUAGAAAUUAAUAUUCAUUUUUUACCUUUUUUUAAUUUAAUAAAAUACCUACAGGCAACUUUUCGACGAGACCUGCAAAUUUGCCAACACUCUCUUUUCAUUAAGUUAAGUUAAGUUAGUUUUGUAAGGCCAUACGCGGCUGAGCCACGGACCUCAACACCUCAGCUCGAAAGACAACGCCCGGUCAGGUUCUGAUGUGGCCAUACUCCUAGGCCCGACGCCAUCUUGAUUUCUGUUCAGAACCACCUGUCCAAGGGAUCAGCUCCUUUGGACAGAGCCACUUCUAUCUGAGUGCCCCGAUGGUCCCGAUGAAGGAAGACCAUGUGGUAGGAAAAACCUGUCUAGCCCGUCUGGCAGGGACAGGGAAAACCUUCGGGGGAGAAAUAAAACUUCCUUUUCGGCACGGCUUCCCCACAACUGAAGGCCUACUUAGGACAGGAGUGAGACCUAUGUCUUCAGCUUCAUCAGCAAUGGGUCCUACCAGCUCCAUAGGAGGUGCGCCUCGGAGUCCAAUUUCCGUCAACGUCACCAUUUUAUUUUCCUCUUUUCAUUAGGAAUCAGAAAAGGUGAUAGAGUAGCAAUUUACCUUCCUCUUAUACCUGAAGCUGUCAUUUCUAUGCUCGCCUGUGCAAGAAUAGGAGCAAUCCAUAGUGUAAUUUUUGGAGGAUUCGCUGCAGAUUCUAUUAGAGGAAGAAUUUUGGACUCGACUUGUAAAUUAGUGAUCACAUCUGAUGGAGGAUACAGGAGAGGAAAAAAUUUGCACAUGAAAACUAUCAUAGACGAUGCUGUUACAGGAUGCAGCAGUGUUGAAAAAAUUUUGGUUAUCAGAAGAGACAAUACUAGCUCACAAAAUGUCAACAUGCAGGAAGGAAGAGAUGUGUGGUAUCAUGAAGCGUCUGCAGAUAAGCUAACAACCCAUGAAAGUGAGCAUAUGGAUGCAGAAGACAUGCUAUUUUUGCUCUAUACAAGUGGAACUACAGGAACACCUAAAGGAAUAGUCCAUACUACUGCAGGCUAUAUGGUAGGGACUUAUUUAAGCACCAAGUAUAUUUUUGAUAUUCAUGAUAGUGAUAUUUAUUGGUGCACAGCUGAUGUAGGUUGGAUUACUGGGCACUCGUAUGUUGUGUAUGGUCCACUACUUAACGGAGCGACCAUUUUGAUAUAUGAAGGAGCUCCUGAUUAUCCUAAUAAAGCAAGAUAUUGGGAUUUGAUAGAGAAAUACAGAGUAUCUAUUAUGUAUACAGCACCGACUGCAAUCAGAACUUUUAUGAAAUGGGGUGAUGAGUUUCCUAAUAGCAAAAACCUGACAUCUCUCAGGCUUUUAGGCUCAGUUGGAGAGCCAAUUAACCCUGCUGCAUGGCUGUGGUAUCAUAAAGUAAUUGGAGGAGAAAGAUGCCCAAUCGUUGAUACUUGGUGGCAGACUGAAACAGGGUCAAUUAUGAUAAGUCCUAUUCCAGGCGUUACCAUAACUAAGCCAGGAAGUGCGACUUUGCCUUUCUUUGGUGUUGACCCAGCAGUUUUAACUGAUGAAGGUAAUGAAACUGACUAUGGCACGCUAGCAAUUCGCAAGCCUUGGCCUGCAAUGUUGAGAGGGAUCUACCAAAAUCCUGGCAGGUAUGUGACUGGGUAUUGGAGUAACUGGGGAGGUGCUUAUUACUAUACCAGUGAUGGAGCUAUUAAAGACCAAAAUGGCUAUUAUUGGAUUAUUGGAAGGCUUGAUGAUAUUGUCAAUGUCGCAGGACAUAGAAUAAGUACUGCGGAGCUUGAAGGAGCAACAAUUACUCAUCCAUGGGUUGCUGAAAGUGCAUUUAUUGGAGCUGAUCAUGAUAUUAAAGGCCAAGCUUUAUUUGGGUUUGUUAUUCUGAAAGCUGGAUUCCAAGGAAGUGAUCAGGUCAGAGCUGAAAUCAACGAAAUUAUUGGCAGAAAGCUAGGAAGAUUUGAAAUCCCUGAAAGGCUUGUUUUUGUGAAUGAUUUACCUAAAACAAGGUCAGGGAAAAUUAUGAGAAGGCUACUCAGAAAUAUUGCUGAAAGAAAAGAGCUUGGAAAUACAUCUACUCUAGCUGAUCCUGCAGUUAUUGAUCAUAUUGCUGACCCCCCUCUUGUGAGCAAACAAAAAAUUUUGUUCGCUUACGGAGGGGGUUAAUAAAAAUUUAAAUGCAAAUUAAUAGCAAAUUUUUUUUCGAAACAUAAAUUAGCCUAUUUUCGCAAAAAUUAGUUCAACUUCUGUUUUAAAAUGAAAGCUGUUUAAAAUUGAAACAGAAUUAGCUAGAGAUUUCUUAUAAUAAUUAUCACUUAUAUAUCAAUAUAUUUUUUCAUAAAACAAUUUUUAUAUUACAAAAUUAUUGUUUAAUAUCGGAGAGCGGGUUUUUACCUAAAACAAGUUAUUUUUCCAAUGGCUUUGUUCGCUACAGAGGCGGAGUGAGGAAUUUAGAAAAUUAGAUCAUUCUACUUAA